ACAAGAGAGAGGGUGCCAUUUAAAAGUUAACCAGUUAGGUUAAGUUAACCAUGGAAUAUUGUCAACUGCUGUAGAAACACCUGCGAACAAUUUACAAUCGUUUGCAUUAGUUCAUUGUCUCAAGUACUAAUAAAUUGUGAUUUUAUUGUUUUAAUUAGUAAUAAAUUGUGGCUAUUUACAUACUGCUGACGAAAAAAACGUAAACUAACAAAUAGGAAGUUCACCGAAGUUCUACACACAAUUGUUGAAAAGUUCGAUUCAUUUUUUGUAUAAAAACUAUUAAUUUAUCACAUUCUUGAGAUUAUUGAAUCAGCAAUACGUCGAAAUGGCUGCUACUGAUGUUGAAUUACCACUAAUUAUCGAAUUUAGGGGCGGUGCUGAACUACUCUUCGAUAAUAAGAAAAAACAUGAAGUGAAUUUACCUGGUGACCAAGACUGGACUCUACAAAAGUUAUUACAUUGGAUCAAAGAGAAUUUACUGAAGGAAAGAGAAGAGUUGUUUCUCCAGGAAGACACAGUCAGACCGGGUAUUCUCGUUCUUGUGAACGAUGCGGACUGGGAGCUGUUGGGACAGGGGAAGUACAAGCUGUGUCCUAAUGAUAAUGUACUAUUCAUCUCGACACUUCACGGUGGUUAAAGAGUUUUUAAACGCAACGAAAAUUGGGAAUACUCAGGGCACGGAUAGUACCUCGUUAACGAGAGAUCCAGCCGAACCAUAAAGUGGCAAAAUCGAUGAAGAUGAGACUGCAGCAUUAAAAUGUGAAACAAAUCAAAUAUACUUGAACAUCCAAUGAUAAAUCAUUGAAAUUGCGAUAAUCAUUUCACUGUUGUACAUGAAAAUAAUAAAAAACGUUUAACAUAAAUAA